ACUGAUGAUAUAUAACGCCAUUCUUUGCUGUUGCAGGCGGCGGUAUUCCAGGCAUAGGCGUAUCAAUGGCUCCGUCGCACGUGGCGCUUAGUGGCAACUUCCACGUGCAGAUCACCUCCAGGUCCUUUCCACCUCUCAUGCUGCAGCUAUCCAGGUUGGAAGGCAACCUGGCUCAGGCUUUGCUCACCAUGCCCAUCUUUCCGGAGGCAGCGGCUCUUAACAGCAACGCAACAAUUGUCAAGAUACCCUGUGGAUACUUCUCGAGAGGUGGACAGUAUUAUAUAAUCAUCAAGAAACAGCCUAUGGGUUCAAUAAACUCGACACCUACUAUCGACCCAAACGACUCCUCCUCAGAAGAGAUGAUCACUCGCAGCCUGGACGUCCGAUGGCCAAUGCCUCAACUUUCAUUGACUCCAGAACACAUCGAAACUUACCCCGAGAGACCGGUGGCCGCAAUUUUGGAGUUUCCCGAAGUCGUGUGUCCACCUGCGGCCGGAAGUCCCGCAGCAGCCAUCCCGGAGUUUUGGUUGGAAUUGCACUACUGUGGCCAGUCAUUGCUGACGUGUGAUGUUGCUGGUGGAAAGAAUAGUACAAAUCAGAUUUUGUAUUCCGAACAAGUUCGGGGUUUUCCAGGCCGAAGAGUGGUGAACCUACGUUGUGAACUGUUUGGCCUAGCAGGGCACUACGCGCUUUUCCUAAGGCCUACCGGAACAAGUCCUGGCUUGCCACAUACAGCGGCCUACGUCAAAGUGGACUGGAGCGAGCAAUUCGUGUUCAACGUACACGCGCGCAGCAUCUUCCCUUGCGACGCGCACAGCGGUGGCGUGCCAGUCCUUUUCCAAUACCCCUCGUGUAUCCUGGCCGAAAGCGAUAGGGUGAGACUCUUCGCAAGGCUGAGGGCGGACGUGGCAGCUGCUCAGCCGCCCUCGACGUUGGAGUACGUAGAGGAGCAAAAGGUCCAGAGGGGAAGACACAGCCUCCAUUUCGACUGUGAUCUCUUCACGGAGAAGUACGUCGAGUACUGCUUUGUGUAUGUUAGCCAGGCUAUUACGGGAGCGGUGGCUGAUGUUAGGAUGGAUUGUGUGCCCACCAUGCCUGUGCCAGAUAGAGACAAUGGCGGAUGGGGCGCUUGGAGUGCUUGGACGCCUUGUUCAAGUACUUGCAUAGGAGGUACUAGAAGUAGAUACCGCUUCUGUGACUCACCGCCCCCCAAGUAUGGAGCAAAAUUUUGUGAGGAUGAAUCCAACAAUAUUUAGGUAUCUAUAGGAGAAUUUUUUGAAAGAAGUUUUUUCUGUGUUGCACCUGACUGUGUGAAAGCAUCUGUUUCACAUUACAAAAAACAAUUAGAUAUUUCUAUGAGAAACGGGGGAUCGAACAGGGAGAAAAGAGCAGCGGAAGAACGUUAUCGCUGUGACCAGUGGUUCUAUCCGGAGGUGACAAUAGAAGAAUGCUGCACUGGCCG